CUCAUUGAAAAACAAGUCACUACUAAUGAACAAGCCAAUAGUAAUUGAUCUACGGUGUUCCCAGGCCACAUCUAGAUGGUGGUUUACUUCGUUACAAAGCGCCAAAAUUUUUGCGAUCCAACUUUACUUUUCUAAUUCCAACCCUGUAAAUGUUAUUUUUUAUUUGAAGCAAAUAUGAAGGUUUCUUAUGUUAACUGUUUUCUUUUUCGUUUAUGUAGCAAAACAUGCAAUAAGCAUAUACAGUGUACAAAUCAGACUUUAUUUUAUAUUUUAUACAUAUUAGAUGAAUAAAUUACAAAUUUAUCAUUAAUGGAAGCCAUAGCAGUACUUCAAAAGUACUUCCCAAUAAAAGAAGUUAAUGAUUUAGUCAAAAUAUUCAAGUAUGAGGCUGAAAACGGUAAUCCAAAAUUAGCUUAUCUUUCAAUAAUCCUUGGUUGGUUCGAACAUCAACUGACUCAGCAAAAAAACAAGAUUGCUUCUUACAACGACAUAUUCCCAAUAUACGAGUGGCACGAUUUUAAUAAACUAUAUGAAGAGUAUCAUGAUCUUGUUGUAUCAAAGUUCCCAAAUCCAGACAUUCUAAAAAAAUUGGAUGAACAAACUGCUAUCAAGGAGGUAUCAGAUUUUAUUUGGCAUCACCUUUCAAAAGCAUUUUUUAAGGACAAAUUUCAUAUCCAAAGUGUUUUCAGUUUUUUGACAGUAAAACAAUUGGACUGUUUUGGAAUUGCAAUCGCUACUGUUGCUACAUUGCAAGAGCUUGGAUUCAAUGAUGUACAUUUAGCAUUAUCAGAAGAUCAUGCCUGGCUGACAUAUGGCGAAAACAACACAGCUGAAGUGACAUGGCAUGGUAAAGGAAAUGAAAAAAAACGUGGCAAACCAAUUGAAUAUGGUUGUGAUGUGGAAAUAAAAUAUAACUGGUUAUAUUUAGGAGGUCGAUCUAUCAACUGUACACGUCAUAUGGAGAUGGUUGCAAUCAUUAAUGCACUGAACCCUGGUAUAAAUUCAAAAAUGGACAGUGAAAUAAUUGGUAACAUUCAACAGAAUUUACUUUGGCUUAUGUUCAAUGUUGGCUAUUUAGACAAAUUUCCGAUGGCAGUUUGCAAUAUAGCAGACCUAGAAGAGAUAUCACCAUCAAAAGAUAGAAAAUACUCCAUAGAACAGCUCUACACUAAAGCUAUUCACACCAGUCAAACAUGUUACCAGAAUUGCCAUGUGUACCCUUAUACGUACUAUGCUGGUUAUUUAUACAGGGUGAAAGAGUUUGAGAAAGCAAUUGUGAUAUGGAUGCAAGCCGCCGAAGUCAUAAGCAGAUACAAUUAUUCGAAAGAGGAUGAAGAAAUUUACAAAGAAUUUUCUGAAAUCACAAACACUUUUUUACCAAAUAUUGUCAAAAUUAAUCCAGAAAUUUUUCACGAAGAAGAAACGCUCUCUUUAAUUUUACAAUAUUUUGAUUAUUUAUGCAUUUGGGAGAGUGGAAGCAAAACUCCAGUUUUCCACGAAGAUUGGGCUAAAUCUUUUAUCAAAAUCUGUUCAGCUGUGCCGACAAACGUAAAAAUGGAUUGUUUAAAACGGUUAAAGCAUUGUGCGGAAGAGGAGGAAAAAGAAACUGCACAAACAGGUGAAGUGGGUGACAUCCAAAACACUGCUUCUUUCAACGCUGUUGGAGGAUUGAAUAACGAUUCGUUUGAUAGAAUAAAAAACGAAGAAUUCGUGAAAUUGAAAAUUAUUAAAAGUGGGAAAAUGCUUGAAAUAGUCAAAAUUUUAGCGCAGUCCAAAUUGAACAGUAGUGCGAUUCGUUUACAGUUUUGUGCUCAAACCAAUAUACAAUUUGUUAAAAAAGGUAAACGGUCUGUGGAAGAGAGUGUUGACGCUCCGUUUAUUAAAAAGAGACGAAUGGUUAGAUAAAGAGAGAGGUUUUGCGAAGAAACAUUAAAAAUAUAGUGAUUAAAUAGUAAUUUCGUUUUUUUAUAAAUUAGUAAGCUGGGUUUUUUUUAACUUUCAGGAUUUGUAUUUUAUUGUAAAUAUGUAUGUUAAUUCAAUUACUAUUCAAGAAAAGUGAUUUUGCGGUAAUAUAUGCGUGGCCCAAAACUGUCGUAAACUCAAAUAAUGGAGGUAAAUUUCAGAAAUAAAUUGAUUAAUUGUGCAUGUACGAGGUGGAAUCUAAUAUGUUAACUUCAGCAGUUCUGUGGUCAUCAGAAUACGUUAUUUUUUGUCCUUCAAAAGAAAAGCCUUUUGAUGAGUUAUAUUUAAUGUUUCAGAUUUUUUUCCUCUCAUUCCUUCUAAAAAUAGUUUAACAAUCGUUCUGUC